AUGUCGCAGCAAUUAGAGCCGACCUCGAGAUCGAAAAAUUGCACAUCUUCCGAUCUAGGGUGUGCCAGCUCUGCUUCCAUCAGUGAAGAAGAGCAUGUAUUAAACAAUUUGUGGACCCAGGCCUUACAAAGAGUGCUACAGAAACUCCCACCCCAGGAUUCCCAAUGGCUUGCGAAUGUGCAAAACCAGAAGCCCUUUACAAGCACGCAAAUCAUCGACGUCAUCCGCCCCUACGAGAAGAAAUAUGUCAAUCAUCCUGCGCAGAGAUUCCUCACACAGAUCGAUCCCAUCGUGUCACAUAUCCGAUCCUUUGCUGGGGCGCUUAAUGUGCUUGCUAAUGCAGACCCAACGGGUGCCGGCAUCGUCUGGGGCAGCAUUCACCUUGUUCUCGUCGUGGCCGGCAAAACACAGGAGACGCUAGAACGUAUAAUCGAUAUUCUCUCUGAGUUGAGCCCUCGCCUUGCUCUCUUCUCCCGUUGGCAUCGACUCUUUCCCCACAAGUCUUUCACAGAAGUCGGCGAUGCAAUCAAAGAUGCAUAUUGUGAAAUCAUCGACUUCUGCGCGACUGCAGUCCGUCAUCUUCGACGAAAUCCCAUAAGCAGCUCCAAUAUGGAGCGUGACCUGCGCAAGCAUGAGGUUAUGUUGCAGCGAUAUACGUCUCGCGUUCAAGCUGAAGUAGAUUUAGCACAUAUGCGAUUUGUCCAGACUCAACUAGCUGCAAUUGGUUCGCUUGUCGAUGCUUCACCUACUCCUAGAUACUUAGAGUUACCAACCAUCCGCAUCAUUCCCCAUUCACGCAAUGAUCGAUUCUAUGGAAGGCAGGAUAUUCUUGACCGGGUUCGCGAAAAGCUUACGCCUUCUAAAACGAAGAAACUAUCAUCAAAGUCACGCAAGCAACAUAGGUUCGCCUUGUCUGGCUUAGGAGGAUCUGGUAAAACACAGAUUGCCCUAGAAUACACAUACCGACAUCUAGAUGACUACAAGGUAGUUAUAUGGAUACUUGCAGACAGCUCGGAGAAAAUCAACCAGGGUUUCGGCGAUGCUGCAGAAAUCUUGGGAAUUCCACAAGGAUCUCAAAGUGGCAAUGAAGUGAGAGCCUUCGUAUUUCAACGAUUAUCGGCUACAAACGAGCCUUACCUAUUGUGUUUCGAUAACGCUGAUGAUGUGUCUCUCAUAAUGGACUAUCUGCCGCGUGACAACAUUGGCUCGAUAUUAGUCACAAGUCGCGACUCUGUUAAGACAGGAGAGGUACUAGGCGACCGGCUAGUAGUACCAGAGUUCUCUAUAUCUGAAGGAUGCAAAUUCUUGAGCUCAUUGCUUCCAGACACAGAUGAGUCUAAACCGGAAAACAAGGCCUCCCUUGAAAGCAUCAGUACCACGUUUCAUGGAUAUCCACUUGCGCUAGCCCAGGCUGCCGCAUUCAUUCGAAAUGGCGGUUGCCCCCUGACCGAUUUUCUUAACAUAUUCAGAAAUCAAAGGCACUCGAACGCAAUAGCAGCUAUACCUGUUAGCAACUAUCAUGCAACGCUAUUUACUGUCUGGGACUUGUCCUUUCGUUCCUUAGACAGUAGAUCUCGGCAGAUACUAGAGAUGCUGGUAUACUUCGAUCCAGAUAGUGUGCCCUACAAACUUUUGGAGAAUGGCUGUAUAAACAAAACCCCUGGUGGUAAUGAACUAUCGGAUCUGAGUUAUAUGACUGACCCGGUUGCACUAUGGGAUGCACUCCAAGGAUUGGGAGCCCAAUCGUUGAUCAGGACAAAUUCAGAAUUGAGAAGCAUCUCGAUACAUCGCUUUCUCCAAGACCAAGCAUUUCAGCACCUUUGCAAUGAGCCAAACCGCCGACGGGCUGCGUUCGAAAAGUCUCUUUUCCUACUUUCGAAUUAUCAGCCUGAAUUUCCCAAUGUCGCACAGCACUGGUCUCCUGGCCUGUUUGCAGACUCUGAACUGUGUUUACCACAUAUCAAACGACUGACUACACGUUUUCUGGAGUCUUCGGAAAUAUUUGUGGGCUUGGAAAAUAAGCUUGGAAAGCUUAUUUUCGAGUGCGCCUCUUACCAAUUUGAGCGCUUUCACCACCAAGCUGCUACCGAGACCUUUGCGCUUGCCCGAAAAGUCAUUGGAUUAGCAUCCGAUCCAGAGGAAUUGUACCUCUCUGACUGCUACAGGAUGGAGGGCCGUAUGUUCAACGAGUCUGGACAGCCUGUUGAAGCGGCAGAAAGUAACCGCGAAGCAUACAAGUACGCAUUGGCAGCUAAGUCAAAGGGAUAUAUUCACGAAGAUGACCAGCGCAUUCCACGUAUAUUGACGGGGCUAGGAAACUCCCUAAGCCAACUCGGCCAGUUUGAUGACGCGUUGAAGGCCCAGCUCACAGCCAAACGACUGUGUGGUGAUGUGCCGCCAGAACAAUCGGACGCUAUUACUAUCAUUCAGCUAAAUUUAGGAUUUUUGCUGUACCGUCGGGGCGACUUGAACAACGCCGAGCAAAUUCUAAGAGCUACCCUCGAGGCAAGCCCGAGGACUUCGCCCGCUAUGUACGCCCUCGGAAACACUUUGCUAGCGAAAGGGCUCAUUGAAGAUGCUAUAGCUGUACAUCUGAAAGGGCUUGAAAUAUACCUCGAAAUGUUUGGUGAUCAGCAUGCCUUAGUUGGCAGAUGUGCGUACAAAGUAGGAGAGAUACUACUUUUGAACAAGGGAGAUCCUAGGACAUCAAGGAGGUACAUACGCAAAGCCAUGAAGAUCUACGCGAAGCAGGAGUCUCCGUACUACACUGUGAAAGCAUACGCACGAGCUGUACGGAUGUUGGGCAAGACAUUUGAAAUGGAAGGAAGAUUAGAUGAUGCGGAGAAGUGUUUUGAGAACGCAUGGGCCUUGAGGCAGCGGAGCCAUGGAAUACGUGGAUCUCGGGAAGAUAGCGACAUGGAUUACACAUCAGUCAUGUUUUACUGGGACCAAUAA